AUGCCAGCCGUCACUACUUCGUCUGCUACCUCCUCCUCCUCUCAUAUUUCAGCAACCUACAAGAACGUCCUACACUAUCUUUAUUUCAAGAAGCAUGAAUCUCCCAAGGAGGACUCAAAGACACCCAAGAAUAGGACAUUAUUUGUCUUGAACCUCCCAAUUGAUUCAACUGAAGCCCAUAUCCGGGAAUUAUUCAAACCCUAUGGACGAGUCAUCUCUGUUUAUUUCAUCAACAAAAUUCGAGAUAAUAAUAACAAUAUGACGGAGAUGACAAGAGAAGAACGUGAACAACAGGAAGAAUUGGAAAGAUUGGAACAAGAAGCAGAGGCAUUAGAGAAUGCUAAAAACGAAAGCAAAAAGAAAGGAAAGAAAGGAGCAUCAACGUCUACAUCAGGAUCAGGGUUAGGAGCAGGGGCACAGAAUGGGAGUGACAAAAUUACACACAGGAGGUUGUUGACAACUGGAGCGCAGGCAUAUGUAGUCUUUUUGGAGGAACAAGAAGUAACCAAAGUCUUGAACAUGAAGAAGAAAAAGAGGACUUGGAUUGGCGAUGAUGUUUCCAAACUAUCAACCUUGGGUGUCGCAAAAUGGAUCAACGACUAUCACAGAAUGCGACCAGAUCAUGCAUCAUUGCAAGCCAAGGUGGAUGAAUAUAUGGAUAAGUUUGAGCGGUCAGAGUAUGAAGCUGAACAGGCAGCAUUGGCAAGAUUGAAUGCCAUGGAUGAGGAUGGAUUUACUCUUGUGACUAGUGCUGGAAACAAAGGCUAUAAUACCGAUGGAGUCAUCAGAGUUCAGGCCAUCAAAUCUGAAGAUGCAAAGAAGAUCAAACCCAAGAAGAAAGAACUUCAGGACUUUUACCGCUUCCAGAUGCGUGAGGCUAAACGCGACAAAUUGGUCGAGUUGCGUCGCAAGUUCGAGGAAGAUAAGAUUAGGAUCGAAGCACUUAAAGCUAACAAACGUUUCAAGCCUUACUAA